AUGCCAUUCUAUAUUCAGACGCCACCGCUGACGCCGGCCACGAUUGUACCAGCGUCAGCUCACUCGAAUCUACUCAGCGGCUCACAGCGUGACAACCAUCUCGUCUCCGACGCCGAAGAGGAGAUCGUUGUCGACGAUCUUCCGCCGCUUCGGCCGUUCCGCCCACUUGCUGAAAUUCAGAAGACGUACAGCGAUUCGAAUCUUCGCAAGUCGAGCAUUCGCACACCGCAGCCGAUUCGACCGAGCUCGACACUCUUCAAUCCCAAUCUCACCGUUCAGGCGUUUCUUCAGUUGCAUCGUAAUCCGACGACGACGACGACGAUGAUGGUGUCGCCAUCAGUGCCAAGUUGCCUAUCCAAACUUUUAAUAGAGAAUCGUAUCGGGACCAUCAUUAUAUGCUUGUCAAAGCGUCCCAUGCGCCAAUAA